AUGUCCGGCCAUCCCAUCUCUCCCAGUCGGUCUUCACCCGCUCGAUCCUCAGCAAGAGCCAAAAGUCCCACACGUAGCGUCUCAUUUGCCCAGCAUGCAUCCUCCAACUCCAACUCCGCUGCUCUCCCUUCACCAUCUCGAGGAGCAAGUCGAGCAUCAUCAUCGCAAUCUGUCACAGCAGCAGCUCAAGCGGAAGAGCAGGAAGAGGAUGAAGUGGAGGAUGAUGAAGAAUCGUUGGAUUAUUCCGCAUUGGCCGAAUUGGCUCGCAGAGCGAUCAGAGAGGAGGAGGAACUGUUCCCUUCUAGCGUCAACGCGCCCCACUCUUCCCCAUCGCCCAUGGCGCCAAGAGGGAGCGAAGAUGCGCCGAUGGAGCAGCAGCAGCAGCAAGACUCCGCCUCCGCUUUCAUACCCAAGAGGGGAGAGAAGGAUUUUGAGCCGACGGGAUUUGGAGGACAGCGUAGAGCGUUGGAGAGGAGCAGGAACAAUAUGUUGUUGGCCAUCAGCGGUAAGAGGAGGAUCGGUAGCAAAGCGCUCUCGAUAGGCACAUGGGAACCGACGCUCAACAGAUGCGUCAUGGAAGUCGUGCGCGGCGUGCUCUUCACUUCCAUGGGCAUCACCAGGCGCGUGGGCGUACUGACCAACGGGGAGGACCAAGAUCUGUGCGAGGCGAGGAUGGCAGAAACGUGCAGCUCGCUGAGCGCAUCUCACCAUCAGACGCUUGCACGAGAAGCGCCGAAUCUGGCGGGUGUGACGAAAGAGGGAGUCUUUUACCCCAGAUUGAGAGCGAGGUACGAGCUGCUUCCCGAAGAGGCCAUCUACCUCGUCGAGAGGGGCGCGCUGGAAUGCAGAGUGAAAGUCAAGCAUCACACAGCAACAUUUUCGGAGGCGGGUUCCCCUGCAGCGGAGCAGCAGAACUUUGUGCCGAUGAGCGUGCAGCAAGCUUUUGCGACCAUGAUGCCAGGUGCAGGUGGCAGAGAUCGCUAUCAAGUGUAUGCCUAUCUAAAGAGACUGGGCUACCAUGUGCAACGAGCAGAUGUCUCGGACGCUCUGAGGAGUCAGGCUUUAUCAGCAAGAUCAGUUCAACCAUCUAUUAGCAGCUACUCGCCGCUCGCUUCGCGUUCAAGCCCUUCGACCAGCUCAGAUCCGCACGCGAUCCCACUCGUCAGCCUCCUCGACUUUGCACUCUAUCCACUACGACGAGGACUGCAGCUUUUUGAGGAUGGGACGAGCAUUGUAUACUCGGCGCUCGCAGGGAUAUGUGGGCCUGUUUGGCACCGGUUGGGCUGGAGGGCCAGCGCGCGGGAGACUGCUUCGUUGACGCGGGGAACGGGCCUUUUGGGCAUGGGCGGGCGAGUGUGGAGAUCGUUUGACGACGUCUUUGCAGCCCUUCGCAUCGUGCCAUCAGGUCCCGAUAGACCUUUGCCUUCGCGGCGCAACUCUGUCACUUGUGCGCUUCACAAUGCUGAUGGACCGUCUUCAGACGACACGCUCGACGACGCAGUCGACGGAACCAUGAUGCCGAUCAUCUACUACGCCUGGAGACCCGCAACGCAAUUCAAGAGGUCCGAUCCCCCCUUGCCAGAAUACAGGAUAUCCAUAGUGAACGCUCGAGCGACGGGCGUGCCUAGCGUGUGGGACUUUGAGGAGACCUUUUCCAGCUUUACAUCCAGCAAGGCUGCUCCGGGCAAAGAGGCAGGCAGCGCCAGUGUCGUCGGAACGGCACCCGUCGAGGAUGAGCGGGAAAUCACGCGGGCUCAGAGGGAGAAGAAGAGGAACGAUGAGAGCUACGGGAAAGGCAUGGUCAAGCGUUUGCAGAGGGAGAAAAAAGAAGCCCAAAGAGCAUCCCUGUCGAAUUCGCGCUUCUUGGAGGAGGAGAGCAGCAAAGAUGGUCGAGAGCGUCGUUUGCUCGCACAAAGCUGCUCUGCGCUGAGAAGCAUCGUGGAUCUUUGGUCGCACGCCCCACCCGGCUGUUCGCGCGCACCUUUGCCCGCGAACAAACAGCACAAACGCGAUACGAACUUUGCCACUCGCCCACCAAAUCCUUUUCCGCCCUUGAAGAGCGGAAGGCGAAACUUUAUCCUGGCCGUGUGCGAUCAUGGCACGACGCAAAUGUUCAGGUUUGGAGAGAGCGAUUUUGCCGCUUGGAAGUUGGCCGGUCGAGGCGGGCCGGGAAGGGGAUGA